AUGUCAACUCCGAAAGACAUAGAUGUAAAUCUAUCUAAGUAUGAUACGGUACUGUCAAACGACAGUCCAUCGAAUACAUAUAAUGGCUUUGACGAUGAAUCAAGAAAGCUGGUACGAAAUUUAGCAAAAACUUUAACCUCUAAUUUCGAAAGUACAGAGUCCUCCGCACUUUCUUAUAAUGUUCGCGAUACGAAUGUCAUGAUUAUGAACCCUUCAGAGCCAGGAUAUGAUAAACGUCUCGAUCCCAAUAGCGAUGAAUUUUCAAGUAAAUUAUGGAUCCAGUACUUGGCACACUUAUCGUCCACUGAUCCGGAGUACUAUAAACCAUUUUCCUUUGGCUGUACCUGGAAAAAUCUCAGUGUGUCGGGCGAUUCAGCGGAUGUAACCUAUCAGUCAACUAUUUUCAAUGUACCUUUCAAGAUACUAGGUAAGGUUUACAGGAGAUUCAGACCUGCUAGAGACUCUAACAGUUUCCAAAUAUUGAAGCCCAUGGAAGGCUAUUUGGAUCCGGGAGAGUUGCUAGUUGUCCUUGGUAGACCUGGAUCCGGCUGUACAACAUUGUUGAAAACCAUAUCUUCCAAUACACAUGGCUUCAGAGUAGAUAAAGAUAGUGUCAUAUCUUACAAUGGUCUCACGCCUAGAGAAAUGAGAAAACACUUUCGUGGUGAAGUAGUGUACAAUGCCGAGUCCGAUGUACAUUUACCACAUCUUACAGUUUUCGAAACACUAUACACCGUUGCAAGAUUAAAGACUCCUACUAAUCGUAUUAAAGGCGUUGAUAGAGAUACGUACGCAAGGCAUAUCACAGAUGUCGCAAUUGCAACUUAUGGUUUGUCCCAUACAAAAAAUACGAAGGUAGGAAACGCAUUAGUUAGAGGUGUUUCCGGUGGUGAAAGGAAACGUGUUUCCAUCGCUGAGGUUUCAAUAUGCGGUUCUAAGUUUCAAUGUUGGGAUAAUGCGACAAGAGGUUUGGAUUCUGCUAAUGCUCUGGAAUUUAUAAGAGCUCUGGACACCGAAUCAUCUCUACUUAAAACUGCAGCCGUUGUCGCAAUCUACCAGUGUUCUCAAACCGCUUAUGAUUUGUUCAAUAAGGUUUGCGUAUUGAAUAAAGGCUAUCAAAUAUAUUUUGGCCCUAUUGAUGAAGCUAAGGGUUACUUCGAAUCCAUGGGUUAUAAAUGUCCUGAUAGACAAACCACCGCAGAUUUCCUAACAUCCAUAACAAACCCAUCAGAAAGAAUAGUCAACCCUGAAUUCAUAGAAAAAGGUAUACCCGUCCCACAAACACCUGAUGAGAUGUAUACGUACUGGAAAAGUUCAAGGGAGUAUGAAGAACUAAUGAAAAAAAUUGACAUCAGAUUAUCUGAAAACGAGGAUGUCACCCGUAAAAUGAUGAAAAGUUCUCACGUUGCUAGGCAAUCUAAAGGAAUAAGAUCAGGUUCUCCAUACACAGUAAGAUACGGGCUACAAGUAAGGUAUUUGUUGACAAGGAAUUUUUGGAGAAUAAGAAACAAUAUUAGUGUUCCUUUAGUCAUGUUUAUUGGGAAUUCUUCCAUGGCAUUCAUUCUAGGAUCCAUGUUUUUCAAAGCUAUGCAACAAGAUAAUACUACAACGUUCUAUUUUAGGGGUGCAGCCAUGUUCUUCGCUAUACUGUUCAAUUCUUUUUCAUGCCUUCUAGAGAUUUUCACACUAUACGAAGCAAGACCAGUUAGUGAGAAGCAUAGAGCAUACUCCUUGUAUCAUCCCAGUGCCGAUGCCUUCGCAUCAAUUUUCUCAGAACUACCAAAUAAGAUCGUGAUUUCUGUUGUUUUCAAUAUCAUUUAUUAUUUUAUGGUUAAUUUUAGAAGAACAGCUGGCGCCUUCUUUUUCUAUUGGCUAAUUAGUCUUGUUGGUGUCUUUGCCAUGUCGCAUCUGUUCCGGACUGUGGGCUCUUUAACAAAAACGCUAUCUGAAGCAAUGGUACCCGCGUCAAUUUUAUUGUUAUCAAUGUCAAUGUAUGCAGGAUUUGCUAUCCCCAAGACGAAAAUGCUGGGCUGGUCCAAGUGGAUAUGGUAUAUCAACCCAAUUGCUUAUUUAUUUGAAUCUCUUAUGGUAAAUGAAUUUCAUGGUCGGGAAUUCCAAUGUGCCAACUUUAUCCCAAGUGGUCCUACCUAUUCAAAUGCUACUGGAGAUGAGAGGAGCUGUUCUACUUUAGGUGCUAUCCCUGGAAGUUCCUAUGUGCUAGGUGACAAUUAUUUAAGGCAAAGUUACGAUUAUCUUUAUCAACACAAAUGGAGAGGCUUUGGUAUUGGCUUAGCUUAUGCUGUAUUUUUCUUAGUCGUGUAUUUAAUCGUCUGUGAAUUCAAUGAAGGUGCGAAACAGAAAGGUGAAAUGCUCGUAUUCCCACAUGGAGUAUUAAAAAAGCUGAAGAAAAGAGGGGUGCUAUCUGAUGAUGAUAAACGUGACUUUGAAAAGGGUAGUUUUGAUGCUACCAACCAUGAUCUUAUCAAAGAUAGUGAAAGUACUGAUGAGAGUAGUACAAAUGGGGCAAGGCUACUCAAGUCGCAAGCUGUUUUUCAUUGGAGAAAUUUAUGCUACGAUAUUCCCAUAAAACAUGGAACGAGAAGGCUAUUGGAUAAUGUCGAUGGUUGGGUCAAACCAGGCACAUUAACUGCUUUAAUGGGUGCUUCUGGUGCUGGUAAGACUACUUUAUUGGAUUGCUUGGCUGAGAGAGUUACUAUGGGUGUUAUCACCGGUGAUGUUUUGGUUGAUGGUCGUCCUCGUGAUGAGUCAUUCCCAAGAUCUAUUGGUUAUUGUCAACAACAAGAUUUACAUUUGAAGACAUCGACUGUGAGAGAAUCUCUAAGAUUCUCAGCAUACUUACGUCAACCAGCAGAAGUUUCUGUUGAAGAAAAGGAUGCUUACGUUGAGGAAGUCAUCAAGAUUUUAGAAAUGGAAAAGUACGCUGACGCUGUUGUUGGUGUUGCUGGUGAAGGUUUGAAUGUUGAACAAAGAAAGAGAUUGACUAUUGGUGUUGAACUUGCUGCCAAGCCUAAAUUAUUAGUUUUCUUAGAUGAACCUACGUCCGGUUUAGAUUCCCAAACUGCAUGGUCUAUUUGUCAAUUAAUGAGAAAGUUAGCCAGUCAUGGUCAAGCCAUCCUGUGUACCAUCCAUCAACCAUCUGCUAUUUUGAUGCAAGAAUUUGACCGUCUGUUAUUCUUACAGGAUGGCGGACAAACCACUUAUUUUGGUGAGUUAGGCGACGGAUGUUGUACCAUGAUUGAUUAUUUCGAGCGUAAUGGUGCACACAAAUGCCCGAUAGGCGCGAACCCAGCUGAAUGGAUGUUAGAAGUUGUUGGUGCUGCUCCAGGUUCCCAGGCUACCCAAGAUUACUUUAAAAUUUGGAGGAAUUCAGAAGAAUUUAAAGCUGUCCAUAAAGAAUUAGAUAGUCUGGAGAAAGAAUCAAACUUAAGACCUGAAGGUAUCACAACUGAUCAUGCAGAAUUUGCCACAUCUAUUCCAUAUCAAAUACGAUUAGUUAGCGCGCGUUUGUUCCAACAAUAUAUCAGGGCUCCUGAAUAUUUAUGGUCCAAGUUUGGUCUAACAAUUGUCGAUGAACUUUUCAUUGGGUUCACUUUCUUCAAAGCAGGUACUUCGUUACAAGGUUUACAAAAUCAAAUGUUAGCUGCAUUCAUGUUCACAGUCGUUUUCAAUCCAUUAUUACAACAAUAUCUUCCAUCAUUUGUCCAACAAAGAGACUUAUACGAAGCCAGAGAACGUCCUUCUAGAACUUUCUCCUGGAAAGCCUUCAUUGUUUCCCAGAUUUUAGUUGAGGCGCCAUGUAACUUCUUAGCUGGUACAUUAGCAUACUUCAUUUACUACUAUCCAAUUGGGUUCUACGAAAAUGCUUCAUUUGCUGGUCAAUUACAUGAAAGAGGUGCCUUAUUCUGGCUAUUCUCAACUGGUUUCUAUGUCUUCGUUGGUUCCAUGGGUUUCUUAACUGUUUCAUUUAACGAAGUUGCCCAAAAUGCUGCAGGUAUAGCUAGCUUGAUGUUUGUCAUGUGUACUACAUUCUGCGGUGUCCUUGCAACACCUGAGGUUAUGCCUGGAUUUUGGAUUUUCAUGUAUAGGCUAUCACCAUUGACCUAUUUUGUUCAGGGGUUCCUUGCUACUGGUUUAGCAAACGCUAAGAUCCAAUGUUCUGAAAAAGAGUUUAUAGUUUUUUCACCUCCCAGUGGUAUGAAUUGUGGUCAAUAUAUGGAGCAAUAUAUUACCAACACAGGCACUGGCUAUCUCGAAGAUUCAGAAUCUACUUCGACUUGUGAAUUCUGUCAAUUUUCUUACACUAAUGACUUCUUAGCCUCUGUCAACUCAUUUUAUUCCCAAAGAUGGAGAAACUGGGGCAUCUUCAUAUGUUACAUCGCCUUUAAUUAUAUGGCGGGCAUAUUUUUAUACUGGCUAGCUAGGGUGCCAAAGAAAUCUAGCGGUUUAAAGAGAAAAAUACGUAAGAAUGAACUUUCUUGA